CAGGCCGGUGUGUCCAGUGAGGUGGAGGUGCUCAAGGUCCUCAAGUCCAUAUUGGACAACGACCAAACGGAGGAUGAAACGGUGUGCCUAGCCACGGUGGUUCUCAAUUUGUGCACAUGCUGUGUGUUAUACGCACGCUUUGUGUGUUUGUGUGACUGGAGUUUCCUUUUCAUCUUCUUGAAUUCUUGUGAGAAGACAGGUCUGUAUGGUUAAAAAGCAGUAGUUGGUGGAAAUGUUGUGUGUAUCGAUUGGCUAGUACAAAUUGCAUAAUGUGAUUUAUUUCGGGGAAGAUUUGUCUCCAAUGUAAAAUGGAAAGCUGUUAACAAGCAAGUUUGUGAACAGGAGCAUCCGUGAAAAACCUUACCAGCAUUCUGUCAUGUUAUUUGAGGCGAAGGGGAUGUUAGGGUAACUGUAUAGUAAGGACUAAUGAAACACCUCUGUGUACAAACUCAAUCCCUUUGUUUCCAGGUGAGAGAGCAGUUACGUGUGGCACUGGAGGGGUGUAGUUUCGUAGAAGAAGAAUUAGGGGCCACACGCAGAGUUCAGCUCCAGACAUCAUCACAGGAUUUGAUUGGAGGGGGUUUCCUUUUUAUGCAUUGUUUUUAAAACAACAUAUGAAGACUAGCAGUGGGGGCCCUCACAUGUUGCUUCCCUUUCUGAGUUUCCAAGGUGCAGAGCCAGAUGAAAGAGCUCCUGGCUACCCUGUGCACUCUCAUGGCCAAGCUGGAAGAGGACCUAGCCAUAUCAAGGAAAGACCUCAUCCGUUCUGAAGCAAUGAACAGCAUAUUACAAAGAGAUGUCCGUGAAGCCAUGGCCCAGAAGGAAGACAUGCAAGAGAGGAUCACUACCCUUGAGAAGCGCUGCCUCAGGGCACAGCAGGAAGCCACCUCUCUGCAGGACCUCAAGGAUAAACUUGAAAACGAGAUCGCAAAGAAGGACUCUCUGCAUCGACAGACUGCGGAUCAAAACCGCCAGUUGCAAGAGCGCCUGGAGGUGGCGGAGCGGAAGCUGCAGCAGACCCCGAGGAAGGCCAAGUCGCUGCCCGAGGUGGAAGCCGAGCCGGCCCAGAGGGUGGCCACCCUCUGCAAGGCCGAGCAGAGGCGUGGCAACAUCGAGGAAAGGCUGCGCCAGAUGGAGGCCCAGCUGGAGGAAAAGAACCAAGAACUGCAGCGGGUAAGGCAGAGAGAAAAAAUGAAUGAAGAGACUAAUAAAUGUCUGUCGGGCACUAUUGACCAGCUCCUUUCCGAAUCUGACGAGCGUCUUCAGCGUCAUCUUAAGGAGAGAAUGGCUGCUGUGGAAGAUAAGGUAGGACAUGAGAGACAGCGGCUGAGUGCCCCCGUCCUCACAGAGGAGACGCUCACGUUGUGAUCCUGAGGAGCAGCGUGGAGCAGAGGCUAA